CCGGACGACACAUUGUAUUGUAUAUGCAGAAAAGCCGAGCAUGGCGCCAUGAUCCGAUGCGACAACGAAAAUUGCGACAAGCAGUGCUUUCACUAUCCAUGUGUGGCAUUGACGGCCGAGCCGAAGGGAGAAUGGUUGUGCACCGACUGCAGA